ACAGAAGAAAAAAAAGCAAAGAUAAAUAAACUGAAAAAAAUAAUGAACCAAUAACAGUAAUACUGAUUCAUUAAUGAAAAAAAUUAUAAAAUUAUAUAUUAAUUAAAUUUUAUGUGUAAAAAAAAUAAAUAUAAAUAUUAAAAAAAAUUUAUAUAUUAAAAAUAGUGACAUUUGCCAAAAAAAUUCAAGUAUAUAUAGCCUUAACAAAGAAGACUUGUGUUAUAUUACACAAAAGAUAUUAUGAUUUCUAGCAUGUUCCAAAUGUUAUAUGAAUGUUAAUUAUUUCUGUGCUUUUUAUUUUCUUCUAAAUUCCAAAUAAUUCAUUUGCAUUUUCUUUUGGGGAGUAACGGCCCGGAGUUAUUUUUCAGUUUAAACAAUGAAAGUUGCAGUGAUUGGAGGUGGAAUAAGCGGACUUGUGUCAACUUAUGUUCUUGCAAGAAAUGGAGUUAAGGUUGUGUUGUACGAGAAAGAGGAAUACAUUGGCGGCCAUGCUAAAACUGUCUGCUUUGAUGGUGUUGAGUUAGACUUGGGUUUCAUGGUCUUUAAUCGUGUAACAUAUCCAAAUAUGACAGAGUUCUUUGAAAGUCUUGGGGUAGAUCUGGAGUUAUCUGAUAUGUCAUUCUCAGUUAGCUUAGACCAUGGUAAAGGUUAUGAAUGGGGUAGCAGAAAUGGCCUUUCAGGUUUGUUUGCACAGAAAACGAAUGCGAUCAAUCCAUACUUUUGGCAAAUGAUUCGUGAAAUCAUCAAGUUUAAGGAUGAUGUCCUCAGUUAUCUCGAGGUGCUUGAGAACAAUCCCGACAUUGACAGAAAUGAAACAUUGGAGAACUUUAUUAGGUCACGGGGUUAUUCUGAGUUAUUUCAGAAGGCUUAUCUGGUUCCAAUAUGUGGUUUAAUAUGGUCCUGUCCUUCAGAAAAGAUUAUGAGUUUUUCUGCCUACUCUAGUCUCUCAUAUUGCCGUAAUCAUCAUUUAUUUGAGCUCUUUGGCCACCCACAAUGGCUUACUGUGAAACAUAGAUCACAUUCUUAUGUAAACAAGGUCAGAGAAAAACUGGAAAAUUAUGGCUGUACAAUAAGAACUGGAUGUGAGAUACACUCUGUUUCCACGGAUGAUAAAAGUUGCACAGUGUUAUGCGGAGAUGGUUCUGAAGAACAGUUCAGUAGGUGCAUAAUUGCUGUUCAUUCCCCAGAUGCUUUGAAACUAUUAGGAAACCAAGCAACAUUUGAUGAAAAAAGACUACUUGGUGCUUUCCAGUAUAUGCAUAAUGAAAUCUUUCUUCACUGCGAUAAAAAAUUUAUGCCCCGAAUUCCAGCGGCAUGGAGUGCAUGGAAUUUUUUAGGAAGUACAAACAAUAAAUUAUGCCUUACAUACUGGCUUAAUGUGAUUCAGAAUCUUGGUGAAACAAAUCCGCCUUUUCUGGUGACACUCAAUCCAGAUCAUACACCAGAACAUACCUUACUGAAGUGGACGGCAAGCCAUCCAGUCCUAUCCUUAGCUGCAUCAAAAGCUUCACUUGAAUUUGUACAUAUUCAAGGAAGGAGAGGACUUUGGUUUUGCGGAGCAUACCAGGGUUAUGGCUUCUAUGAGGAUGGACUGAAGUCUGGCAUGGUUGCUGCCCAUAGUUUGCUUGAAAGACAUUGUACUAUUCUGAGCAAUCCAAAACAUAUGGUACCUUCUCUGUUAGAAACUGGGGCGCGCCUCUUUGUCACUAGAUUUCUCGGAAAAUAUAUCUCUACUGGCUGUUUAAUUUUAUUGGAGGAAGGAGGCACAAUUUUUACCUUUCAGGGCACCGUUAAAAAGUAUUUCCCUAAAUCUAUUCUGAAAGUUCACAAUCUCCAGUUUUAUUGGAAGAUAAUGACACAGGCUGAUUUAGGCCUAGCAGAUGCAUAUAUCAGUGGUGAUAUUUCAUUUCCUGACAAAGAUGAAGGUCUUCUAAAACUUUUCAUGGUUCUCAUUGCCAAUAGAGAUGCUAAUAUAUCUGUAUCAGAACGCAAUAAGAAAAAGGGUUGGUGGACACCAAUGUUUGUCACAGCUAGUAUUGCAUCUGCAAAAUUUUUCUUUCGGCAUGUUUCAAGGAAAAAUUCUCUUACUCAGGCCCGCAGGAAUAUCUCUCGUCAUUAUGACCUGAGUAAUGAGAUGUUUUCUAUGUUCUUGGAUGAAACAAUGACAUAUUCCUGUGCAGUAUUUAAGACGGAAGAUGAAGACUUGAAAUCUGCACAGAUGAGAAAAAUUUCACUUCUGAUUGAAAAAGCAAGAAUCAAUAAGGAACAUGAAGUUCUUGAGAUUGGUUGUGGUUGGGGAACAUUAGCUAUCGAGGUUGUCAAACGAACUGGAUGUAAAUAUACUGGUAUCACUCUAUCGGAGGAGCAACUAAAAUUUGCAGAAGAAAGAGUGAAGCAAGCUGGUCUUCAGGAUAAUAUCAGAUUUCAGCUCUGUGACUAUCGCCAGUUGCCUGAUACCUACAAAUGUGACAGAAUCAUAUCAUGUGAAAUGAUAGAAGCUGUUGGACAUGAAUACAUCGAGGAGUAUUUUGGCUGCUGUGAAUAAGUAUUAGCAAAAGACGGUCUUAUUGUUCUACAGUUUAUAUCAAUGCCAGAAGAACGGUAUGACGAGUAUAGGAAAAGCUCAGAAUUUCUCAAGGAAUAUAUAUUCCCAGGUUUAUGUGCACCAUCAUUAACAAGGAUAACAACAGCCAUGGCUUCUUCAACAAGACUCUGUAUGGAGCAUGUGGAGAAUAUAGGAAUUCAUUACUAUCAAACACUCAGAUACUGGAGAAAGAAUUUUCUGGAGAAUAAGAGCAAAAUUCUGGCUUUGGGGUUCAAUGAGAAGUUCAUCAGAACAUGGGAGUAUUAUUUUGAUUAUUGUGCAUCUGGGUUUAAGACACGCACACUUGGAGACUAUCAGGUUGUUCUAUCGAGGCCUCGCAAUGUUGCUGCACUGGGCAAUCCAUACGACGAAUUUGCUGCGGCUUGUUGAUCCUAUUAUACCCAAAAGGGACACCGAGUUUAUCAUUUCACUGUAGCCAGAAAUAUGUCAGUUUUAAUUGCAACAUGCACGAAUAAGGCCAACUGGCAUAUGACACAUGGAAACACAGAGCAGCUAGCUUGUGACAUGUGUAUGCAUUGUGCAAGGUGGCUAAUGUGCUAGAUAUCAUUGUCAAAUGCAUGUAUAACAUAACGGCUGAAGUUGCCAAGACAAACCGGAUACAAAUAAACUAGUUUCACUCUAUCUUAAGAACAGCUAAAAGUUGCAGAAGCAAAAGUGAAUCAAACUGGCUUUUAGAUAUUAAUUGUGAGGGAAUAAUAGUUUAAGAACUUGGACUCUGUUUCCCUUGUUAUAUCUCUGAAACUUCCAUUCAAAGUUCGCGGUCGCAAAUGUCUUACGGUGUUUACCCCUUGUGUGCAUGUGCCUAAGAUAUCAAGUUUGAACAGCAUUCUGAUAUCCGGGCCACAUUAGUUUUGUCCUGUACGAGUAUUGUGAAUUGCAUCUUACAAAUAUGACAGAGAUCGCAGCCCGGUGAGUUUUGCGAUUCUCGUUGCCAAAGUCCAAUUAAUAAAUUUUAUGCCAAAUAGAUAUGUAACAGUCAUCUCUUGAGUGGAAUGUUAGAGCAUGUUUGGUUGGCGUGAAUCUGUAUUAGUAGAAGUAAUAAUGAAAUAGAAAGAUAAGAGAAUUUAUGGCCCACGCGGA